CAUUAAUAGAAAAUAAGGUUAAAAGAUAAUAAUUCAAAAUCCCAACCAUCAAGCGCCAUUGGGCAAGUAUAAUGUUGCAAAGUGUGUUGAUAUUACGGACUUCGAUGAUGGGAGGUGGAUUAUACGACUAUAUUUAUACAUGGAAACUCUAGAAAGUAGAAACCAUGGAGAAAGGGCAGGGAGAAAACCCGCCUCCAUACGACGAACAACAGGCACAGAACAGUCAGAAUCAACCGCAGGUACAAUAUGUACAACCACAAAAUAGUCAAGGGCAACCACAGUAUGGCCAGGGACAACCACAGUAUGGCCAUGGACAACCACAGUAUGGCCAUGGACAACCACAAUAUGGCACUGGUCAACCACAAUAUGGCCAUGGACAACCACAAUAUGGCCCGGGGCCGGGACACCAGGGGCAGCAUUUCGGCCCACCGCCUCCAGGACAGGUCGUCUACAUCCAGCAACCUGUGCACGGGGCACAUCCCUCAACGGGCGAGCAGAAUAUGGCGAACGCCAGAGAACGCGGUCGAACAUACGGUCACGGCGGCUGGUCUAACCACCUAUGUGGCUGCUUUAACAACAUCCAUCUGGCCCUGUCCGCCUUGAUCGUGCCCUGCGCUACUUACGGACAGACGGCCGAACAUGCCGGAGAGUGCAACUGCAUUCUCGCAACUAUGGCGUUUUUCGUGCCCAUAUACAACCUGAUCCUGUGGGCCCAGGUGCGCGGAAAGAUCAGGGAGCUCAAGGGCAUCCCGGGCACGAAUGUUUCCGAUUGGCUCACCAUCAUCUUCUGCAGUUAUUGCGCCCUUGUCCAGGAAGCACAGGAAGUGCAACCCAUGGCCGCCCCCGCCGCCAUUUCCAUGAGCCGCCAGUAGCUCCCGCAACUGUCGCCAUCUCAUUGUUUCCGUCCGUGUCGCCAUUGGUGAAAACAAAGCCAUGUUACAAGUGUUUAUGAGUCUGGUUUCAUUAAUUUAAUUGCCAGUGCAGUGUAAUACUUUCAGACUUACUCAACUCAAAAUUUUGACUGUCACGAUUGCGUAUGUGCCAUAUAUAUGUGCCUAUAUAAGCCCGAGUCUGUGAUAGACAUUACCUUUUAGAAGUAAAACUUUUAAAAUGGUCUGCUGCUAUAUUUUAUUAUUUCUUUGAUUUUUGAAUGCACGUUUUAUGCAAACACAUAUAUUAUAUAUAUUAAAGUUGUACUAAAAAUUUACAAGAAACACAAAUAAGAACACUGUCUUAGCAAAACGAUUUAGAAGAUAAAUCUAAGAAUAAAAUGCUGUGACAAUCAAAACGCCA